ACUGGCUUUAUAUUUAUUUCCUUUCCUUUUCUUCUUUAAUCUUUCAUAUUUUUUGCCUAUUUGCAAAUCACGUGAUCAAAUAUUUUAUUAGUGGAUGAUGAAAGUCCAUUUUGCAAGGGAAAGAAAGAAUUAAAGAAUAAAAAAAAAUGUUAGAGAAUUUAGAGAAUUUAGUUAAUCAAGAAGAUCAAGAAGAUCAAGAAAUUAAAUACACUCCAAGAGAAUCAAAGUACUGUCCGGAGUGUAAUGGACCUACUACGUCUUUCGGUUGGUGUGUAACGUGUGAAACUAAUUUUAUGAAGGGAAGAUUUCCUUAUUGGUCAUCAGGAAAUAAAGAUAUUGAUGAAUUAAUCCGUCAUACUCAAUUAAAUUCUUCACAAACGUGUGAUUAUUUGGAAUGGAUUCCAUUUGAGGCAUUUGAAAUGGUUAAAUAUAUUGGGAGUGGUGGAUCUAGCAGUGUCUAUUCAGCUCUUUGGAUGGAAGGUCCUAGAUUAGUUUGGGAUGAAGGAUUGCAAGAAUGGACUCGAACUGGUCCAAUCAAAGUUGCUUUGAAACGUCUUGAUAAUUCAAUAAAUAUUACAAGUUCUUACGUUGAUCAGAUUAAAGCGAAUCAUAAAUGUAUUCAAUCAGCUUCAUUGGCUGAAACAUUUGGAAUUACAAGAGAUCCUACGUCUAAUUAUAUGAUUGUUAUGAAGUAUUAUGAAAAUGGCAAUUUGUACCAAUAUCUUGAUCGUUCUAACGGGAUUCUUUCCUGGAAAGAUAUAAUCGACAUAUUAUGGGGAAUAGCUGAAGGUCUUGAAAAAAUUCAUUCUGAAGGAAAAGUCCAUAAAAACGUUCAUGGAGGAAAUUUACUUGUGGAUGAGAAAGUCGUUACAGAUACUCGUGUUAGUGAUGUUGGUCUUUAUGGACCAUGUUACUAUGAAACAAACCAAAUAUAUGGAGUUUUGCCAUACAUUGCACCAGAAGUUUUGCGUGGCGAAAAUUAUACUGCUGCUUCUGAUAUAUAUUCGUUUGGCAUUAUCAUGAGUACUUUUGCAACCGGAAAAAGACCUUGGUAUAAUAGAGCUCAUGAUAUUUAUUUAGCAAGAGAUAUUUGUAAUGGUGAAAGGCUUGAAAUUCCAGAGGAUACACCAAGCUUUUACGCAGAAUUAAUGCAACGAUGUUGGGAUAAUGAUCCAGCAAAACGUCCUAAUGCAUCUUAUUUAAAUGAAAAAAUGGGAGAAUGGAUCACUUUAAUUUGUGAUAAUCCCAAUCCAUCAGAAAUUUUCGACGAAUACAAUAUUUCUGAAGAUAAAAGAUGGAAAAUAAUUUCACAUUUACCUAAAAAUUAUGUUCAUCCAGAAAUACACCCUGAAGCAUUCUAUGUUAGUAGACCUUUGCGUUUUCUGAACUAUAUAACCUAACUCUUUGCGCAAAUGUACAUAUAGUUCUUGACCCUUUUAAUACAUCUGAUUUUCUCACAAUUUAUUGAAUUUACGUUAUAAUUGUUGAUGAUGAAUCGAGAAGAUGGGUUAAAGAAAUAUUGCAUUUGUCUUUCUUGCACUUUCGUUGUUUGAUUUUUUUUCUUUAGAUUAAAUUUUUAUUUUAUUAUUAUUAUUAU